CUCAAGAUGGCGGACGAGAGUGAGACAGCAGUGAAGCCGCCGGCCCCUACGCGGCCGCAGAUGAUGGAAGGGAACGGAAACGGCCAUGAGCACUGCAGCGAUUGCGAGAACGAGGAGGACAACAGCUACAACCGAGGUGGUUUGAGUCCAGCCAAUGACACUGGAGCCAAAAAGAAGAAAAAGAAACAAAAAAAGAAGAAAGAGAAAGGCAGCGAGACAGAUUCGGCCCAGGAUCAGCCUAUGAAGAUGAACCCUUUGCCAGCAGAGAGGAUCCAGGAAAUACAGAAGGCGAUUGAACUGUUUUCAGUGGGCCAGGGACCUGCCAAAACAAUGGAGGAGGCCAGCAAAAGAAGCUACCAGUUCUGGGACACACAGCCCGUCCCCAAACUGGGAGAAGUGGUAAACACCCAUGGUCCUGUGGAGCCUGACAAAGACAACAUCCGCCAAGAACCCUACACCCUGCCCCAGGGCUUCACCUGGGAUGCCUUGGACCUGGGGGACCGUGGUGUGCUGAAGGAAUUAUACACCCUCCUGAAUGAGAAUUAUGUGGAAGAUGAUGACAACAUGUUCCGAUUUGAUUACUCCCCGGAAUUUCUUCUGUGGGCUCUCCGGCCACCUGGCUGGCUCCCCCAGUGGCACUGUGGGGUUCGAGUGGUCUCAAGUCGGAAACUGGUUGGGUUUAUCAGCGCCAUCCCAGCAAACAUCCACAUCUAUGACAUAGAAAAAAAGAUGGUGGAGAUCAACUUCUUGUGUGUCCACAAGAAGCUGCGCUCCAAGAGGGUGGCUCCAGUCCUAAUCCGUGAGAUAACCCGGCGGGUUCACCUGGAGGGCAUUUUCCAAGCUGUUUACACUGCUGGGGUGGUAUUACCAAAGCCUGUCGGCACCUGCAGGUACUGGCAUCGGUCCCUAAACCCACGGAAGCUGAUUGAAGUGAAGUUCUCCCACCUGAGCAGAAAUAUGACCAUGCAGCGUACCAUGAAGCUCUACCGACUGCCAGAGUCUCCCAAGACAGCUGGACUGCGACCAAUGGAAAAAAAGGACAUUCCAAUAGUGCACCAGCUCCUCUCCAGGUACCUGAAGCAGUUCCACCUCACACCAGUCAUGAGCCAGGAUGAGGUGGAGCACUGGUUCUACCCCCAGGAGAAUAUCAUUGACACUUUUGUGGUGGAGAAUGCAAACGGUGAGGUGACAGACUUCCUGAGCUUUUAUACGCUUCCCUCCACCAUCAUGAACCAUCCAACCCACAAGAGUCUAAAGGCUGCUUAUUCUUUCUACAACGUUCACACCCAGACCCCUCUUCUAGACCUCAUGAGCGAUGCCCUUGUUCUCGCCAAAAUGAAAGGGUUUGACGUGUUCAAUGCACUGGAUCUCAUGGAGAACAAAACCUUCUUGGAGAAGCUCAAGUUUGGCAUAGGGGACGGCAACCUGCAGUAUUAUCUUUACAAUUGGAAGUGCCCCAGCAUGGGGGCAGAGAAGGUUGGGCUGGUGUUACAGUAACCAAUUGCCAGUGAGAUUCUGGAUAAAGCCACUGAGAAUUCAAACCAGGAAAUGGAACCCCACCACUUGAUGGUCCAAUUUUCACAAACGUGAGAAUCCCUGGCAAAGGGAACAGAAGUGAACCGGCUUUACCAAACCGCCACUGAACUUGACAAUUGUAUUGCAAUGGCGUAGGCUGCGUGAUGUCACCUCUGGCUGUGUCUCUGGUCUCCCAGUUUUCCAGUUAAUCACAUCCUUAUGCAGCCGUGAUCAAGGGAAUGUAACUGCUGAAAACUAGCUCGUGAUUGGCUUAUUAUGGAGUUAACGGGUGAAUAAUAAAAGUAUAUAUAUUAUAUAUAUAUAAAUAUUUUAAAUAUCUUUCAUGUUCCAAAUGUACAAGGAUGUUCGGUCUCUAAUGAAAAGCUGAAUCCAGAUCAUUCCUCAAAAUUAGAAUCAAGACAGUGCCAGACAUACACACUGGUACAGUGAAUUAUUUCCUAGAAGCAGGCAUUGACUUUUCUUGGGGGAGCAGGAGAAAGGAUGUGGGGAAUUUUAUCCAGUUCCCCUUCUGAAUUGGCUGGAAUGAUUGGCUUGAAGAAGGCAGGGUAUGGUGGAGGGACUGUGCCAAGCUUUGGGGAGGCUUAGAUCUCACAGACUACAGGUGGAGUCCUAGGUGGAGCCAACCCUACUCAGAGGCUUUCCUGCAGACCCUGGGCCUUUUCUGCAUUCAGGAACUGGGCAGUGGUGAGAGUCUGUGGAAACAGAUUUCAUUAAUUGAGUCCCUUUUCCCAUCCUCUUGGCCUGCUCCCUGUUGGAAGUCAUCCUGCCAACUCUUUAGCCAGCUGUUGUCAAUCUUAUAGGCAUGAGUCCCCGUGAGAUUGUUGUUCCACUCCCAGGAGUGACUGGCAGUUUGAAGGGGACCUUUGACCUCCUUGUAGCAUUUGGGACUUUGUGGAGACCAUGUCAGUGCAAGCCCUGUUUAGCUCAUCUAAGAGCAAAGAGGCAGCACCCUGAUGCCCCCAGGGUGGCUGGGCAAGAAUGGUGUGGGGCGGAUUUCCAGGCCCCUUCAGCCACUGGUCCCUGGCCUGUGCCUUCCAACCCAUUGGCCAUCUCUUGUGCUCCUUUCCAAAACAGCCUGCAAGAAAUGGCAAGGAGCAGUGGUUAGAUGCCAAUCUGGACUUGACAACAGAAAUGAUUUCAUUUUGCCAUUGUCUGAGUGUGAUUUUCACUGAUGAUAUUUGGUGGAUUUUUGUGGUGGUGGUGACGGUUAUUGAUGUUGCCAGUUUCUCCACAAUAAUGGAACCUCUGGUCAUGUGGCUGUCUGUGUAGACAUUCCUAUUCCUCACUUGUGCUCAGCCAAGUGGCUUAAGGAGGAUUGGGCUGUGGAAUUGUCAGCAACCCAUAUCCUGGCUUGUAUGUAACUUUUGCUCUAGGAGAAAGUAAAUGAGUGGAUAGCGUGGUGUGGGGGUUUCUUGGCUGCUUUCACCUCUCAGCUACUUGUAGGGGGAAGGAAGUCUUAGCCAGGAGGCCAGGCUCAGUCUGAUCUUACUAACUGAAGCCAUGCGCUGCAGGCCAGCAGAGCUGUUUCAGUCUGUGGGUUUUGGUGAGAGUUACCAGAGGCUAAUUCUGCAAUCUCCAAAGCUGGAAGAAAUUGUGUGCUUGGGAAAGCAGCUGUGCCACCUGCUGGAAUGUUGCCUGCUCUUUGUAGACUGGAUUGGAUUUUCAUCAGAGGCCUCUAGGGGCCUCGCUUCUCCUAUUGUCCCUGUGCUGCAACCCACAGGCACCAACGAUCAUGCCUGACCUUUGACUCCUUGACUCCAAGAUACCCAGACCAAAGAAGCUGCUGUUCUUAGCAAGAUGCUCACUGCAUUCCGCAGACAGGAGGAGUCAGAGAGGCAGGGGCUUGCCUUACAGCCCCCCAGACAUCAAACACAACGCCCCAAGUCCCAGAGCAGCUAGGCCUGUGCAGGCUUAUAUGGAUAUCAAAGAACAAAAUACCCGACUCUUUCCUACCUUGGGCAGGACCUGAAACUUAGAACGUUCCCUGUCAGUGGCUUGGUCAGCUCUGGACCAAGUCCCAGCCCGAACUGCCUCUAUAAUGUGGGGUGCAUAACAGCCCCUGGAGUGAGUUUGCCUAGGUUGACCCAAGGGUAACAACAAAACUGUGAGGCUUGUGGCUGCUCUGGAAGAAACAGAUCUCCUGGAAAGGCCCCAGUGUCUCCCUCCAGAAUGGUGUGGCUCCUUGGACUCUGCUGUUAUUCAUGGUAGCACCACAACCCAGGUCUUCAGGAAUCGGCUCGGUGGCUGCUAUGUCUCCUUUUUUCCAGUCCUUGGGUUCUUCACUCAACUCCUUCCAGGACUUCAGGUCAGAGAGAACCAUUGUUUGGGGUUCAAGGCCUCCCUACAAAGAGACUUGCAGGAUGGUGGAUCCAUGGCUGGCUAGAACCAAACAAGGGAAGGACCUGGGGCCUCAUCACCUGGGACAUGCCUCAGGCAGCUGCUGUUGGAGAGCCUCCUGGGCAUGGCCCUUACUCUGUGCCACCAGUAUUUCUUGUUGGCACUGGGCUUUUGGGCACUCAUGUUUCUGUGUUUAUCUCCUGGCUUUGGAUUGACUGCAUUUGACCCCUGACCUUGUGGCAAAUUCCCAUGGCCUCCUUGUCUGUGUAGGGAGAGAGCUGGGUAGAAAAAGAAGCCUCAGCUCUGGAUAGAGGUCUGUAUAGGGCUUGUUACCCCACACAUGCCUACUUUCAAAGAUGCUAAUGUCUGGUUUAAAAGCAGGCCCAUACCAAGCCACUUCAACACCUAGAUUUAUGGAAAAUUUCAGGCCUUUUCUGUACCUCCCUUCUAACUGCCAAUGCCCCCCUUACUUGCUAGCUCACUGAAGCCCAAGGGUGGGUGUCCCAGUGGUCUUUCUUUGCUCAAAGAUGACCAGCAUUUAACCCAAGGGAUGUCCCAAAGGCAGGAUAGCUUCAGGGAGCUGCGGUCUAGGAGAGGGUGAGGGGCUGUCAGACCAGGGGAAGGGGGUGGAGUGUAUCUCCGUCCAGUGCCUACCUGCCCAGGGGGCAGCCUUCCUGUGGCCUGGCCCACCUGCCCCAGACAGAGGAGACCCAAGGCUUCGUUUUUGCCCUACUGCAAAGUGAAAGCAGGCCUGCGAACAGAGUCCCUAGGGAUGCUUUGUGGGACAAUUUCAUUCAAUUAAAAAAUACUGACUACAGGCAAGGUGCUGCAUCUGGGAACAGAACAGGGAAGCUUCACCUUUUUGUCUUGGCUUUUCUCUGGGCUGUGGGAGGGGCAUCCAUUUCCAGGGUGGGGGAAGAAAUACCAAAUGCAUUGUUCCGCUUGAUACAUCUCACUUGUUUCUAAUAAAGGAAGCAGCUGAAUAAAA